AUGGACUGCAUGCGCUCGACAUGGUCUGAAGGAGAUAUCGCUCAAUAUUUGGUGACACAGGUCGAAUCAAUCGGAGACGGCUAUCUCUGUGUAUCUGGUCUACCUGCUAGAAAUGGACAUAGGCAUGUGAAGGACAUUGCAGAAAUGUCUCUGAGCUUUAUGGAUUACGUGGAGAAUUUUCAAGUGAUCCCACUGCCCAAAGAGAAGAUUCAACUGAGGAUCGGAGUGAACAGUGGUGAGUUGUCUCGAAGUCCUCCAGAAAAUGGCGCUGCGUCCACCGCAUUUGGUCUGACCACGUUAUCAGUAGAAAAGUCACGUCAAAGUUCAGCGACUAUGUUCAAUUAG